GAUGUUCAGCUCGGGUCUCUCAGCAGAUCUCAGCUCCGGCUCCUCAGGACGCACAGUGCGCGGAGCUCCCCAUCCUGCUUCCCUCAUCCCGGGCACAGGCAGGGGGGGCUGCCGCAACUCCUACACGGAGCACCGAUUCGACAUCACACAUGCGUCUUCUCCAAGUUUUCUUUUUUGGAUGAGUGAGCUACUUUAGAUCGGACAUGGCUUCAUCCCUGAGCGGCACAGAGGAGGUGCGGGUGUCGGUGAUGACGCCCCUGAAGUUGGUGGGACUGGUGUGCGUGUUCCUCGCCCUAUGCCUGGACGUCGGGGCCAUGCUAAGCCCGGCGUGGGUGACGGCGGACGACCAGUACCAUCUGUCCCUGUGGGAGUCCUGCUGGAAGCCAGUCAGCUCCGUGGAGUGGUCCUGCAACAGCACGCUGGCCACGGACUGGCAGAUUGCCACGCUGGCCCUGCUGUUGGGGGGGGCGGCCCUCACCCUGCUCUCCCUCCUCGUGGCGUUGGUGUCCCUGUGCUUCGGCUGCAGGAGUCGCUGCUACAAGCCUGUGGCUGUCAUGCUGUUCUCUGCAGUGGUGCUUCAGGUGUGCAGCUUGGUCCUGUUCCCCAUCAAGUUCAUAGAGACGGUCAGUCUGAGGGUGUAUCACGAGUUCAACUGGGGCUACGGCCUGGCCUGGGGCUCCACCAUCUUCUCCUUUGGAGGCGCCAUCCUCUACUGCCUCAACCCGAAAAACUACGAAGACUACUACUAAGAAUAUGCCAGACAAGAGGAGAAACCAGGACUCAUUCAUCUCAGUGAUAGGAACUUUCUGUCUGUUACAACGUUUCACAACCACAGACUACAAGUAGAAUUACCACUGUGUGUCUAUCCAGUCUUAUAAAUGGAAUUACGUGUUUGUUGUCAUUAUUAGCAUAUGAAUUCUUGAGGUAUGGGCAAAAAUGUUUGAUUCAAUGACAUUGACCUUUGACCACCAACUUCUCAUCUCAAAAUCAGUUCAUCCCUGAAUUCAUGUGAAUGUUUGAUCCACAUUUGAGGAAACUCCCUCAGGCUCUCAAAAGGAUGGACAACCUGAAAAAACAUAAUGCCUUUGGCCACAGACUGCUGAUGUUAAGGCUUAAAAAUGUUAAACACAAAUGCUUAUUGUUGGUUUUAAUGCUGGAAUUGAGACUCUUGACUUGUUGUCUCAAAGAGUUCCAACACUUAUUGGACUGAAGCCCUGGGCUCUCUCUGGGGGGUUUGGUAGCAAAGCGGGCUGUGAGAAAGAAAUCCAAAACCAGCCAGUUUCAUUUUUUAGGACAAUGUCACCAUUCAGUGAAGAGUGCGUCCCCUUUAAGUGGAACUCCAGUAGGUCUCAGAUUUGGGCAGAGAAUCUGGAGGGAACAGAUGGAUUCACUGACCCCAUACCAGGACGAAUCAGUGGACUAAAUCAACCAAUCAGAGAAGAAGAUGCAAAGCAGAAACUCCAGCAGAUCAGGGAAUAAAAAGGAAACGUCUUAUUGAAGUCACAUCCCGAGGAUGACAAAGUGAGGAAGACUGGGUCCACCUAAGGAAAUGCAAAAUGUCACAUUUCCCCACAGACACACUGCAUCUGGAACUUGGCUUUGUCGUCUUUCUCUAGAAAAACACUUUGAUGAAAACAUGUCAUGACGCUCCAGUGGACUGGUUUUAUUUUCUGCUGCCCUCUUUGAGUUUGAUAAAACUGGUGAACAGGAACUACCUAAAAACCACAGGAACAUUCAAACAAUAGGAUGAGAACAUGUACUGGUUAAUAAGCAGGUGUGUCUUUUACAUGUAAACUGGGGUAAAACCUAUGGCUACUAAAUUAGGCCUGCAGCAUAA